AUUAUUUGGUGGACAGAUUAUGGGUCAGGCCCUCGUAGCAGCAGCCAAGUCUGUCAGUGAUGAGGUGCAUGCACAUUCCCUACACUGUUACUUUGUUCGAGCAGGUGACCCAAAGAUCCCAGUUCUGUAUCAGGUAGAUCGGACACGGGAUGGAAAGAGUUUUUGUGUCCGCUCUGUGAAGGCUAUCCAGCAUGGGCAACCUAUCUUUAUCUGCCAGGCCUCAUUCCAGAAGACACAGCCAAGCCCAAUCCAACAUCAGUUUACAAUGCCUACAGUGCCUUCUCCCACAGAACUUCUCACAAAUGAACAGCUGAUUAACAAGUACUUAAGAGACCCAAAUCUAGCAGAAAAGUACAGGAUCGGAUUGAACAAGAUGCUUGCUCAAGAGGUGCCCAUUGAAAUUAAACCAGUGAACCCACCAAAUUUGUAUGGGAAAGUUCCACAGGAGCCAAAGCAGCUGUUCUGGGUGCGAGCUCGAGGUUAUAUCGGUGAAUGUGACAUGAAGCUACAUUGCUGUGUGGCAGCAUACAUCUCUGACUAUGCCUUUCUGAGCACAGCACUUCUUCCCCAUGUCCAGCAUUCUGUGAGGUUUGUGGUGUCCCUUGACCAUUCUAUGUGGUUUCAUGCUCCAUUCCGUUCAGAUGAGUGGAUGCUUUACGAAUGCGAGAGUCCUUGGGCUGGUGGUAGCAGAGGACUGGUCUGUGGUCGUCUCUGGAGGCAGGAUGGAGUUUUAGCUGCUUCAUGUGCACAAGAGGGUGUGUUUCGAGAAAGGACUUCAACCAUUCCAAGCAAACUAUAAAACAUGGGGCUGUUUUUUUCUUGUCAAUUUUCCUCAAAAGGAGCUUCAUUAUUCAGUUUUCAAGCUUGCUGUCUGGACCAAUGACUACAGCUUUAAUUAACCAUGCUCUUUAUCUUGCAGAAAAUCUCCAUGACAUAAAAUAAUGAAAGCUUUUUGAGUGGUACUGCCUCUAACAUACCUUUCCUGUUGUCAUGUUAAAACUUGAUUUUAAAAUAUGUAAAAGGAGCUAUGUUUUAAUAAAGGUAAAUGGUCAUAUGCUC